AGGGUAAUGCGUAAUAAAUCUUUAUUAUUGCAAAUUUAUUCUUCCCAACUACACAAAACGGAACAAUUUACGCAAGGGGUUUGAAGAAAAAUGAUUAUUUCAGAAACAUUUGCUAGGUGCUUCUGAAAAUGCUACCAUUAUCAUCAGUGUUGUGAAUUGAUGGUCCAGCCCGGCAAACUAUCGAAUCGUAACCGCCUGACAGCUGAUUGUUGUUGUGGCCUCAAAGGCAGCGAAAACAAAUCCCGGAAGGAAAAAAAUAACGAAAUCUUGUGUAAUAUUCCCCUCGGAUUGCACACGCGAUUAAGUGCAAAUGUUGUGGUAAAAUAUGACUGCACUACCCGGCAGCAACACAGAGUGAAGAUUGUAUCAACGAAACAGCGGCCAUGCCACUUCUAUCGGUGUUGAUUUGUCGGACGGGACCGGCGGUGCUCAGAUCAAGCUUCCUGCCCCACACACGACAAUGCCUCGCCCGGAGUGGAACCGACCGACAGCUAACCAUCGCACGGUACAGCAGAAAUGCGAGGAACAACACGCGCACGGAAUCGUUCGCCCCGCGGGAAACUAUCGUACCGACGGAAGUGCAAGGGAUGGUGGUUGAGUCGGGCUACAUCGAUCCUUCGAAGAUAUGGCGCUCGCUGCUGUUUACUGCCGCGUUCUCCACCGGAAGCUUCAUAGGGGUUUCCAUCUGGGAGUACGAAACGAUUCGAUCGCGUGCAAUGCAGGCACUGCGAAGCAAGCUGAGCGUCAAUUGGUUCAAAGAGCGCAUGAAACACCAGCGGCAGGAGAUGGAGCAGUGGCGCAAGGAUUUGACCGGUUGGUGGAAUAAGCUGUCUCCGGGCGAGCGGAUAUUUGCACCGAUCUGUGCGCUGAACGUGAUCGUGUACGGGCUGUGGCGGAUACCGAGCCUUGCCCCGACGAUGGUGAAAUAUUUCGCCUCCAACCCGGCCGCAAAAGCAGUUUGCUGGCCCAUGUUUCUGUCCACCUUCAGCCAUUACUCGCUGUUUCACAUCCUGGCCAAUAUGUACGUGCUGCACAGCUUCUCGCAUGCCGCCGUCGCCACGCUGGGCCGGGAGCAGUUUCUGGGCGUUUAUCUGAGUGCCGGCGUGAUUGCGUCGUUCGCGAGCCACGUGUUCAAAACGGUCACCCGGCAGCCGGGCCUGUCGCUCGGUGCGUCCGGCGCAAUCAUGGGCAUACUGGCGUACGUGUGCAGCCAGUAUCCGGACACGCAGCUUAGCAUACUGUUCCUUCCGAUGUACACAUUUUCGGCAGGCGCUGCCAUAAAGGUUAUAAUGGGCAUCGAUCUGGCGGGUGUGUUGCUGGGCUGGAGGAUCUUUGACCACGCCGCCCAUCUCGGUGGGGCACUGUUUGGGCUGUUUUGGUGCCACUUCGGUAGCCAAAACGUGUGGCCCCUGAGGGAACACUUUGUCGGCUACUGGCACGAGCUGCGAGGGCCACCGAAGAAAUGACCGUUCACCGAUGAAAGGGAGCGUAUCACACGGAAAGAUGAAUAAAAUUCAAAAACAAACCGUUUAUUGCUUCACUCCAA